AUGCUUCAAAAUCUGCAAGUUCUUAUCCUGCGAUUUAAUAGAUUUCAUGGUCCCCUGAACAUUUCCUUAGUUCAGCCUUCCUUUUCAUCAUUGCAAAUUAUUGAUCUCUCUCAGAAUGAGUUUAAUGGCCUCUUGCCAACGAAUUUCUUCCAAAAUCUAGAUGCAAUGAAGUAUGCAACAGAACUAAGUCUUGCAGACCUACUCAUACUCAAUAGGUAUGCGAGACUCAUCAUUAGUUAUGAGUCAUUCAAUAGAGAUGGUCAGAUUUCUGUGAAUGUAACAUCAAAAAGAUCAGAGACAGAGCUACAGCUAAUGGGUACGUUACUCAUUUUCACUGCCAUUGAUUUUUCAAAUAAUCGAUUCAAUGGAAAAAUCCCUCAGGUAAUCGGAGAGCUUCGCGCAGUUCAAGUGCUUAACCUCUCUCACAACAGCCUCACCGGUCAUAUCCCACCAUCGUUGGGGAACUUAGUAGCGCUUGAAUCACUAGAUUUCUCAUCAAACAAGCUUAGUGGCUGA